CAACGAUUUGUCAUCGACUUUUAUGGACAAUAUGGCAAACGUCACCAUUUUCACGCGCUGAUAUCUAUGCAAAUCGGGUGAUUAAUCAGUUGCCUUUUCUCAUAAAAGCAUUGCAGAGCAUUUCCACCACAUGCGUAAUAGUAUAUUGCGAUUUCUUUCCGAUACGAAACCUAUUGUCAUUUACUUGUCGACGGCCGCUGUCGCAAUCGCCAUCGCCAUGGUCUUCCAGUACGGCUUCUUCUCGCGCCUAUUUCGGCCGUUGACAUCGUCGACUCGACUCGGAAUUAGUGUCGACACAGCCAGCGGCUUCCCUGCUUCGGUUCCCGAGGGCGCCGAGCGGUGCACCGUAGCCGCGGGCUGUUUCUGGGGCGUCGAGCAUCUGUACCGCAAGCACUUUGGCGGAAACGGGUUGUAUGAUGCAAAAGUAGGCUACAUAGGCGGCGACACGCGCAACCCGACGUACCGUGCCGUCUGUAGCGGUUCUACCGGAUACGCUGAAGCCGCACAAAUAAUAUUCGACCCUACCAAAAUUACGUACAAACAGCUUGUGGAGUUCUUUUACAAGAUCCACGAUCCGACGACGAAAGACGCGCAGGGCCCUGAUCGGGGCUCGCAGUACCGAUCGGGCAUUUACACGCAUGGCGAGGAGCAGGCGCGCAUAGCGCUUGAGGUCACGGAGAAGGUUAACCAGCAGUGGUGGAACGGCAAGGUCGUCACGGAAGUCAUUCCCGCUGGACAGUGGUGGGAUGCCGAGACGUACCAUCAGUUAUACUUGGACAAGAAUCCUGGCGGUUAUGAGUGCCCGAGUCACCGGUUGAGGAAUUUCCCUCCACUGCAAUAGGGAAAGGCACGAGUGAGAUGUUGAUUUGUUGAGGUGAAAACACACAGAAGAAUUAAUAGAAAAUGUAUUUUUGACAGAAAUAUAGACUCGCCAUAUUCGCAA